AUUAAAAAUAUUAACAUUAUUUUAAUAUGAAUUUUUUAAAUUGGUUAAUUCUGUAAGGUCAAGAAGACCAAUCUUUUUUUAGUUAUAUAAGUUAAGCUGUAAUAACUGCUGGUCACCCACGUAAAAGGUUCUGCUUUCUAAUGCCCUCCAUCUAGUGAAAAUGACAAGCAUACAACCUUGCAGCAUUACCAAAAGCUGUUAGGCAAGUGGGCACCGAACGCUGUGAGAGCGAUCACUGUAGUUAACAGGUACUACCUUACAUCUCAGUAGUUGUAAAGCAAGUGCGAACCAAUUGCCGUGAGAGCGAUCAUUGGAUAACAACAGCACAUAAGCCCAAUUGUUGGAGAACUGCGACUUAACAUAGCCAAUAGUUCGAAAACAAGCGUGGGAGUUAACACGCAGCCAUAGAUCUAUGACUCACUUAGCAACAAGCCAAGUAAACAAGCAUGACGUUAUCCAAGAAAUCACGCCACCGGAAUUAGCCAAUCAGAAGCCGACACUUGUUAACUGCACUGCUAUAAAAGAGUGACGCGCAUACAACUCUUGUUCCCAGUUUAAAUAUAAUCUUAGGCAUAGCCAGUAGUAUAUUAUUGUUCAUGGUGUACACUUAUAUAAAUAUAUUUGAAUAAAAAAACCUUGGAGGAAUCCAAGGAAAAUAUAUUUUUAUAGAAUAACUAAAGAUUAUUCUUAAUUGGCGCCCGAGCAGGGACCUGUCAACUAAAGGAUUCAGUGAAUAAAAUCCUUCGCAACUUAAAUAACGACGAAUUCAAAACAAAAUUCAAGUUUAUUAAAAGUGGUCCAACAGAAGAAAUUUUCUAAAAACGGAAAUCCAGGCACUUAAAUCCAAGCUGAAAUAACCGCUGCACCAGUGGAAGAAGCACAGGACGAAGUCUGCACAUACUCAGACCCAAAUGAAGUUGAUUUAGGACUCUUCAAGUCAGCAAUAAACAAUUUCAGCGGAGACUACCAUGAGUAUAGAAACUGGCCACAACUCUAACGGGAAACGUGAAACAUUCAGGGGACCGAAUAUAUACACGGAAGCCUUAAUCUUGCUGAAGGGAAAGAUUACAGGAAGAGCCGCGCAAAUUCUCAUCAAUAAUAACACAAUUAAACUUCGAGGAAAUCAUAGACCGCUUAGACGACUCAUAUGCCGAUGAACGCCCACUCUAUGUCCUGGAAGAAGACAUGAUGAGGAUAAGAUAAGCAGAAAACCCUCUACAUAUAUACUACGAUCAGUUAAACCAAGCGCUGAACGUUGUAUUAUCCAAAAUAGAGAAGACACACAAGAAUGAAAAUGUGAUAAGCGCUCACUCCAAGGAGAUACAACAACUAAAUGCCGUGAGAACAUUUAUCGCAGGAUUGAAGAGUUCAGCAACAAAGAAUGCAUUAUACUCAAGAUCAUGCACCAAUCUUAUAGAAGCAAAUGGGAUCGCUAGAACGAUGCAGCAUGACUCGCAUUAUCACCAACUGGAACACGUACCGAGGGUACAACAGCGAAGCCAUCAACAGUGGCAAGCACCACAAACACAGCAGCAGUUCCAACAGAAUUUUUCUCAUCAACAACCUCCAAUGCAACAAGAAACAACGGAACCAAUGGAGGUAGACUCCUUUUCAACAAGAUUUAGACGACAACCAUACAAUCCACAACCGCCAAUGAAACCUCAUCAGUAGUGCGUUUUCUGUAACCCAUUUCGAUCGAUGUUCUCGACUCAAAUUCCUGAUUUGACGUCACUCUCACUCAAUGUGUUUCUGUAAAAUAAUUACUCGAUUCAAUCGAUAGUCAGCUGAUAUGUUCCAUUCCAUUUCAGUAGGAAUGCUCGAUUGAAUGUGUUUCUGUAACCAAAUUGAAUGAAAUACUGUCGAUUGGUUUUCUCACUUCCAUUUGAGGUGAUGACAAAAAAAUUUUUCGUUAAAUUCAAAAUGGAAUUAGUUGAAUUUAAAGCAAAUGUAAGUAUAUUUUUGUUAAUAUAUGUAGGACUAAGAAAUGCAACCGUGCGGACUGGACAUUUUUGACACGCGACAACACUGACUGAACGAAAAGGGGACGCGAACGGAAAAAAAUAACGGACGGCACUUGAAUAGCGGACGGCGACCAGUAAAGUAUUAGCUACUUAGAGUUAUAUUGUAAAGCGCCAGUUAAACGUUUAAGAACAGAAAUUGAACACUUGUAAAGUUAUAGUGAAUAAAGUGAAAUUAAAUAAAGAAAAAUCUAUUUGUGAAGCGAGAUUGAUACGAUUUAUUUGUGUGCAUCAGUUUAUAAUUAUAUAUCGGUCGGUUGGCCGUUUGCUAUACUCGUCACCGGAGGCUCAACGCAAGCCUUCUUACAAAUCGGAGGCCCAACGUGAGCAAUCCUACAUAUAUUAUUAUGAAUAAUAUUACGAAUGGCCAAAAGAGGCGGUUACUGCACUUAAUGCAGCAGCACCGCAGCGUUGGAAGGGGCCAAUUUAUGAAACCAAACGCGAGGAAGGAGUACGAAGAGGUUUGAGCUGCCGUUGCUGCUGAAUUAAAUGCAUUGGGAGGGUCCCACAAGCCCCUAAUCAGUGGAAAAAGUGUUGGAUAGACUGGAAAUCGGCAGUCAAGAAGCUGCACAAUGCCCACAGAGCGUUCGCCAGACGAACUGGCAACCUGCCGCUGCAGGACGGUCCAAAACCGUUGGAUGCCAUGGACCGGGAAAUUCUUGGGUUUUUUUCCAGCGACAUGGUGGACGGUGAUGGGCUCACUCCCGAAAUUGGUUUGUCGACAACUGCUGAAAUGGUCGAUGUUACCAUUGAGGAUGAGGGUGAUGCUACUGCCAACAUUGGGUUGGACGCAAACGCGGACGGUUUGGACAUUUUCGAAGUGGAGGCACUUGAUGAGGUUCCAAUGGGUCAGAUGCUUGAGGUUGAGCCAAACAAAAAGCAACCCAAACAGCGCACAAACCAAAGCUGUGUGGAAGAGGCAACCAGUCUGAUUGAAAAUCACCAUGCGCAGCUGAAAGAGAUUUUGGAGAGACAACACAGGGAGCACAUGAGUGUUUUAAAUGGCAUUCACAAUACCCUGAGAGCUCUGCUGGAAACCAUGACGGGAGCGACUGUUGAAUAAGGAGUAGGCACAGCAAAAUAUU